AUGUUGCAAUUUCGCAGAUUUGCGGGAAUGUAUAAUUCUAGAACUCGUGAAUUCAGUUCAGCUGUAUCUCCCGUAAAGAACAUUUGUAUAGUUGGCUCUGGUUUGAUGGGUUCCGGAAUUGCACAGGUAGCAGCGCAAGCAUCGAUAAUGGUGACAUUAAUCGACAAAACGGAUUAUGUUCUAAAUAAAUCAAAAAAGUAUAUCCAGGAUAAUUUGGAACGAUUAACAAAAAAACAAUGCAAAAAAGAUGUAAAGGUGCAAGCAACAAUCGUUGAAAAUACAAUGGAAAAAAUAUUGAUGACGACAAAUCUUGAACAAGGUGUUCAAAAUGCAGAUUUAGUGAUUGAAGCAAUUGUCGAAAAUCUUCCAAUGAAGCAAAAACUGUUUGAACAAAUUGAAACUAUCAUUACAAGGCCGACACUACUUGCUAGCAAUACAUCUUCACUGAUGUUACGAGACAUUGCGAAAAAUUUGAAAAAUAAGUCAAGAUUUGGCGGUCUACACUUCUUCAACCCUGUACCAAUAAUGAAAUUAUGCGAGGUAAUACGAUUGACAGAAACAUCAGAUGAUACAUUUAAUGCCCUGCAGGCAUUCGGGAAAACAGUUGGUAAAACGACCGUCGAAUGCAAAGAUGUUCCCGGUUUCAUUGUCAAUCGCCUACUUAUUCCGUAUCUGAUAGAAGCUAUCCGAAUGGUUGAACGGGGUGAUGCGUCGCCACGUGACAUUGACACAGCAAUGAAGUUAGGAGCUGGCUAUCCAAUGGGACCGUUUGAAUUGCUCGAUUAUGUGGGCCUUGAUACAACAAAAUUUAUCCUGGAUGGAUGGCACAAGUCUCAUCCGAAUGAGAAACAAUUUGAUCCAAAUCCGAUGCUGAAUAAAUUGGUAGCUGAUGGGAAGCUUGGGAAAAAGUCUGGCGAAGGAUUCUACUCUUACAAAUAA